GCGAGGUGAACAAUGGCUCUGUCUCGUCUCCUUUUACUACCAAACCUUUUCCCCUCACGUUAGGCCUCCACUUUCUUUUUCCAACUUUUAAAAAACCCCGCCUAUCGCACACAGCUUCAAAAAGAGAAGCUCAACGCCAACUUCCCCUUUCAUUCCAGACCCCAUAAGACACAUUCCCAAAUUUUCAUCAAAAGCAAAAGUGAAAAAGAUCAGUCCACCCCACCAAGCUAAAAAAAAAAAGCAUCCCAAAAAGCAAAAUCAGAUUGUCAACAACAAUUUAAUAGCAGCAUGUAUAUACACCAAAGAUCCCAUUUUUAUACUUCCAUGCUCAUGCAUCUCAGUUCUUGCUCUGCUUGGCUUUCCCAAGAACAAUGGCAGAGAUUGUUCCUGCAGAUCCGAGCACUAGUAAUUCUGCAAGUACUAGCAGCAGAAGAGUAUAUACGACAACUAAUACAAGACCCUUUACAAGAUUAAUCACUUCUGGGCGUGAUCAUGUGGUUGAGCCCUUUGACAGUGAGAAAUUGCCGGUCACUUUGGUUUCAGAGAUCCAAAAAUUUCUUCGUGUUGCUAAUCAGAUAGAACUUGAAGAGCCUCGCGUGGCUUAUCUUUGCCGUUUUCAUGCAUUUGAAGUGGCACAUAACUUGGACAGAAAUUCCAGUGGUCGAGGAGUACGGCAAUUCAAGACUUCUCUGCUUCAGCGUCUUGAGCAGGAUGAAGAAAUUACAAUCAGGAAGAGGAAGGAAAAGAGUGACAUACGUGAACUUAGACGUGUUUACCGUGAGUACAAGGACUUCAUCAUCAAGCACAGUGGAGACAGUAAUUUGCAAAACAGCGAAAAAAUGAUAAAAGCCCGAGCUAUUGCUUCAGCUUUAUCCAAAGUGUUAAAUACAGUUACUACUGCAGCCGGUCCACAGGUCCUUGCCGAGAGCGAGAGCAUUCAUGCAAAACCUGAACUGUAUGUCCCUUAUAAUAUUCUCCCUCUGGAUGAAGGAGGUGCCAGUCAAGCAAUCAUGCAGCUGCCUGAGAUCAAGGCUGCAGUUGCUGCUUUUCGUAAGGUUCGCGGUUUGCCAUUUGUUGAAGAUUUUAGGAGAAGGGUAGUUUGCCUGGAUUUGUUCGAUUGGCUCCAGUUUUGCUUUGGAUUUCAGAAAGGAAAUGUUGCAAACCAAAGGGAGCAUUUGAUCCUGCUCCUUGCUAACACUCACAUACGGAAAAGUCAUAAGGAGACAUCAGUCUCCAAGUUAGGUGAUGGAGCUUUGGACGAACUGAUGAAGAAGUUUUUCAAAAAUUAUACAGAUUGGUGCAAAUUUCUGGGGAGAAAAAGCAAUAUACAGUUGCCAUAUCUGAAGGAGGAAGCCCAACAAUAUAAACUUCUUUAUAUUGGACUUUAUCUUCUAAUAUGGGGAGAGGCUGCAAACAUAAGAUUUAUGCCAGAAUGCCUCUGCUAUAUAUUUCACCAUAUGGCAUAUGAGCUACAUAGCUUGCUAGUUGGUGCUGUAAACAUGGAAACUGGAGAACGGAUUAUGCCAGUGUAUGGAGGAGGAUCUGAGUCUUUUCUUAACAAUGUAGUCUUUCAUCUAUAUAAAGUCAUACAUGAGGAAGCUAUGAAAAACAGAAAUGGAACAACUGACCAUUCAUCAUGGAGGAACUAUGAUGACUUGAAUGAGUUUUUCUGGUCUGAGGAUUGUUUUCAAAUAGGUUGGCCUAUGCGUCUGGAACAUGAUUUUUUCUGUAUAGACCCUUCCAGUGAUAGCAAAACAAAAAAGCCUCGGCAAUCAGUCAGGACUGAUGAAGACAAGAAGAGUCCUAAUGAAGAUGAAGAAAUGGAGGACAUCCCCGAUGAAGGACACAAAGUGCGGGAAGGAAAAUGGCUAGGAAAGACAAAUUUUGUGGAGAUUCGCUCAUUUUGGCAAAUCUUCAGAAGUUUUGAUAGAAUGUGGAGUUUCUUAAUUUUAUGCCUUCAGGCAAUGAUAAUCAUGGCAUCGCAUGAUUUAGAAUCUCCACUUGAAGUGUUUGACGCAACAGUUCUUGAGGACGUAAUGAGCAUCUUCAUCACAUCAGCAGCUCUCAAACUUAUACGAGCUAUUCUUGACAUUGUCUUCACAUGGAAAGCAAGGAACACAAUCGAUUCCUAUAAAAUCAGAAGAAAUGUGCUGAAGGUGUUGGUCCCAAUGAUAUGGACUAUCACACUACCUAUAUAUUAUAUCAAUCAUAGAGGGAAAUAUACUUGUUAUUCUACACAGAGCCAGAGCUGGCUUGGAGAGUGGUGCUAUUCCUCCUAUAUGGUCGCAGUUGCAUUCUAUUUGAUGACUAAUGCAUUUGAUAUGGUCCUAUUCCUUGUGCCUGUGGUUGGGAAGUAUAUUGAGACCUCAAACUCUCGAAUAUGCACAAUGUUGUCAUGGUGGAGACAGCCUAGGUUGUACGUUGGACGUGGAAUGCAAGAGACCCAACUUUCCCAGUUCAAGUAUACUAUGUUUUGGGUGCUUCUAAUGCUAAGCAAGUUCAUAUUCAGUUACCAAUUUGAGAUUAAACCUCUUAUAUCACCCACUAGACAGAUCAUGAGGAUUGGCAUAAAGAACUAUGAUUGGCAUGAGCUCUUUCCCAAAGUCAAGAGUAAUGCUGGUGCAAUUGCUGCUAUUUGGGCUCCUAUUAUACUUGUCUAUUUCAUGGAUGCACAAAUAUGGUACUCUGUCUAUUGUUCCAUAUUUGGUGGAGUUUAUGGAAUUCUUCACCAUCUUGGUGAGAUUAGGACACUGGGAAUGCUGAGAAUUAGAUUUCACUCUUUGCCAGAUGCAUUCAGUGCAUAUCUUAUACCACACAAGGAGAAAGAUAACAAGGAAGGAAUCAGUAAGUGGUUCCUCUGCCUGAGAGAAAAGGCUUUCGAAAAGAACAGUAUUGUGAAAUUCGUUGUCGUAUGGAACCAAAUUAUUAGUAGCUUUCGUGAAGAGGACCUCAUAAGUAACAGGGAAAUGCAUUUGAUGAAAAUGCCUUUGUCAUCAGAACUGUUCUCAGGCCAGAUUCGUUGGCCUGUUUUCCUUCUGGCAAAUAAGUUCUCAACUGCAUUGAGUAUUGCAAGAGAUUUUUCAGGAAAGGAUGCUGAUCUUUUGAGAAAGAUUAAAAGAGAUGACUACAUGUACUUGGUAGUAACUGAAUGUUACGACUCGCUGAAGUACGUUCUUGAAAUCCUUGUAGUUGGGGAUUUUGAACAAAGGAUUAUAUCUGGAAUAUUGGAUGAAAUCGAGGGAAGUAUAGGGUGCUCAACACUUCUUGAGGACUUGAACAUGAGUGAAUUACCAGCUCUACAUACUAAAUGUGUUGAAUUACUCGAACUACUGGUUGAAGGAAAUGAAGAACAGUACUGUAAUGUUGUGAAAGCACUGCAAGAUAUAUUUGAAAUUGUUACCAGUGAUCUGAUGCUGAAGGGAUGUAGAACAUUGGAUUCUCUUUAUGCUCAUCGUGAUGGAGAUGAUUCUGAACUUUUCACGCACAUAGAACCACAAUUAUUUGCUUCGGCUCGUUCUAUCCAUUUUCCACUGCCAGAUAGUGGCCUUAUAGUGGACAAGAUCAAGCGUUUUCUUUUGCUGCUUACCACAAGAGAUAAAGCCAUGGACAUACCAUCAAACUUGGAAGCUCAAAGACGGAUUUCAUUUUUUGCAACUUCUUUGUUUAUGGAUAUGCCGAGAGCACCAAAAGUGCGCAACAUGUUAUCUUUCAGUGUUCUGACUCCUCACUACAUGGAGGAUGUGAAAUAUUCAUCAGAAGAGCUUCAUUCUAACAAAGAAGGCGUUUCAAUCCUCUUUUAUAUGCAGAAGAUAUUCCCAGAUGAGUGGGAAAACUUUUUGGAACGUGUUGGAACUGAAAACCUUAAUGCAUCAAAUGAUGAAAUAAAUGAGGAGGAUCUUAGAAAUUGGGCUUCUUUUCGAGGGCAAACUCUAUGCCGAACAGUUCGGGGGAUGAUGUACUAUCAGAAAGCCCUAAAGUUGCAGGCAUUUCUUGACAUGGCUGCAGAUGAUGGUAUCUGUCAUUACUGGCCUGCUUCCUACUACUAUUCUUUAAUGAUUGCAUGA